AUGGCGGUAAACAGUGAAUCAGAGAGCUCCGAUUAUUUUCCUUCAUCUAAUGAAACUCAAAGCACUUUUAAUGGUGAAAAAUAUCUACAUAUAACUAAGAAAGGAUCGAUCAAGUGGGAAGGAAGCUUUGAAUCGCUUCAAAGCUUUUUUAACUCGUUUUUGAAGGCCGAGACGAAAUGGACGCCGCCGCGUGGUGGCUGUAAAUAAUAUGAAGCUGAUAAUAACCUAGUAAUUCGCUGGUAUUCUUCAUCAAAGUCGCUUUGUUUCAGUGGACCUACCAGUGAAAAUUUAAAGUUUAAGCUUAUUGACUUGGUGCCUAAACAACAACAAAUCAUAGACGGCGUCAAGGGCGAAAUAUCAGUCGAUCGAACGUUAGACUAUGAUGAUGAAACUACAAAUACGACAGACGAUGAACAUUCAAAUGUUGAGAACGUUGAACAUUCGAGUGUCUCUCUGGAAAAACUCGCUGAGAAUUUCAAACUUAUAGAAAUUCGUGUGAAUGGAAAGGUACUCGAGCUUUCAUGUAAAAUCGACAAAUUAAAACCGAACAGUGUAUGUAACAAUGAUCUGUCCCAAGAAUAUAUGCAAAACAUGGUACAGGAGAAUAAAUUGCUAAAAGCAGAAAAUGACACCUUAAAACAACGCUGCGAAAAUCUUGUAUAUGCUAUGGCGUCACUUAAAGCAAACGUAAGCGAUCUAGAAGAGGAGAAAAAAUCUCUGCUUAUGGUAAUAAAAGUUCUUCAGACGGAUGCCGACCUAAAUCAGCCAGAAAGUAAAGAAAAUCGCAAUGGCUGGCAGAAUGUCAAAGGGCGUGCAGCGUCAGAAAAACGUGUUGAGACAUUGUCUGCUAGUAAAAGUGAUACGGUAUUAGAAACCAAUUUGAAAUUUUUAGCGACAGCGAUAUUGAAAUCAAAUCACAAGAAAUCCCCCUUGUCAAAGGAAGACCAAAGGUAAUAAACAAGAGUCAAGGACAAUCGAACAAGAACAAUGACGAACUUCAAAACAAAGAAUCCGCUCGCCCAAGCAAAGCAAAAGUGCCAAGCACAGUAAUAAUUGGUGACUCAAUGACUAAACAUUUAGAUAGUAGGAGAUUACAACGAUCAUCAAAAACCGUAAGACGAGUCUCGACGCAGACUUUUAGAGGCGCAACGAUAGAGGACAUGAAACAUCACAUCAGACCAUGCCUUGCAAGAAAGCCUCGCGAGAUCAUUUUGCAUUUGGGAACAAAUGAUCUAGCGAAGAAAAAUCCUCAAGAGAUUGUAAACAGUAUUGCCGAUAUCGUAAAUAUUAUUCAUGUUGAAUCUCCCGAAACCAAACCCGGCUGUGCUGUCUGA